AUGAUCCGUGACGUAGAGCGCCUUGAGGACUGCGACCGCUUUGACGACAAGAACGGGAAGGAAGGCCAGCUGGAGACGGAGAGAAAGGUUCACUGGCGACUACGCGCGGUCAAGGUCAUUCCCCACAGCUCAGGCGACGCGGAUGAUAGCCGGCCGCGGACGCGUACUGAUCGCUAUCUUCCCUAUGCGUGCGCCGGAGUGACCGUGUUCAGUCGCCGACAUUACUACUACGCAGUAACUGAGAUCGGGCGCCCGUUGAACAGCUUCAGGUCCACCUUCGAGCUCACCCGCGCUAUCUCAGGUUCCAUCACCGCACACAAACAAGCGUACGAGAAGGCAAACCUGCUUCACCGUGACAUAUCGCCCGGCAACAUCCUCAUCACGGAGAAGGGCACCGGUCUUCUUAUCGACUGGGAGUCUGCGAAGCGUAUAAACGUCGACAAGGCGCGCCAACCUCGUAUGGAGUGGAAAGUUAGAACCUCGCAGUUCCACUCAUUGGCUCUGCACCGCAACAGCGACAAGUUGACGCACGACCUGCGCGAUGACCUGGAGUCAUUCCUCUGGGUCUUGCUAUACAUGAUCGUACAUCUCCGCCCUCUGAACCUCGAUCCCACGACAAUGCUCUUCUACCUUCACUCCACCUUCGACGUCACGCUGGCGUACAAGGACAAAGAGGGACGUACACUCUAUCACGGCGGCGACAAGAAGCUCUCGUUUCUGCGCGGCGAGACGAACAGCUUUGCGAACCCAACGAUUUUCGAACGACGCGUACCAUACCCUCUGCGCAAGCUUCUAUUCGAUCUCGCCGACAUCUUCGGUCCGAUCUACCCCGCGAUUCCCCCAACAGUUCGCGCGCACGAGGAGGACUUCGUGAAUGAGGUUGAAGCCGUCCCUAACAUGCCCAAGCACUUGUACGCCGGCUUGGAUUCCGAGGAUGCUAUGGCUCUCAAGGAGGAGUGGAGACAGAAACACCUUGCCGAGCGGGCAAAGGCACCGGCACCGGCCGCUCCCCACCCCUUGCUGAAGCAACUACAAGAGUCCAACGUGAACUGGGCCGAGCCUGUCAUCGACUACACAAAGGUCAACGAUCAUGCGGCGAUCAUGGAAGCAUUCACCGACGCUCUCAUGUCGGAUACCUCGACCUGGUUCAAGGCGGACGCCGCCGAUGACCAACUUCCUUCUCUCCGACAGUUCAAGAUCAUCCAGCCCAAUGCCGUGAACGGCACACCGCUGAAUGGCAGCAGUCAGCGACGCCCGGCUGGGAGUAGCAGUAAGAACCGGCCCCCUACCGAGUCUUCCGUUGAGCGAAGCUCGAAGAGGAUCAAGGUGGACGGCAUGUCCUCGCCCGCACGGGCUCCUACUCCUACUUCGGCGAGCGUCGGUCCUGACGUCGGACGUCGUCAUUGGGAGGAGAUGAUAUCUGAGAGGGUGACAAGGCCCCGUGCGGGCCAAUUGGCCGCCGCUGGGAUGGGAAGCCAAGUCGAAGAUGAGGCUUCGGAUGAAGAAGAUGAUGAUGUUGAGGAUAGCGAGGGUGAUGACGAGGGCACUGACUCUGGUUAUCAGCCUUCGCGGUGA